AUGCCAUCGAAGGCGAAAAAAACCCAAAAUAAAAAGUCGACGAAAGCUGCUCGACGGGCCGUCACUGCCGGCAAGACUCUUACGAAGGGCACCCAAAACAUUGACGAGGACGUCAAGUGUGCUCCCAAGGACUUCAAUGAGGAGUCCGAAUGGGAGAUUGAGCAAUUCGGGGGAUUGUACCUCUGCUGGGGUAAGAAGAAAGUACGAAAAGAAGAUGGAAGCAUCGGUCGCGAGUAUUAUCUCAAAGAUGAUAAAGAUCAUCGUAUUUGGAUCAAGUGGACCGUUGCUUUCCACGACAAGAUCCGCUGGUCCGCUGAGAAACAAUCCAGCUUGAUUGGUGUCUCCAAGGACGCAAUCAAGAAGAUUGUCAACGACAAGAAGGCGUGGCCUAUGCCUUCCGCCUCCGACGGCGUCAAGACUGGCUGGAAGGAACGCCGUGCCAUCUGCAGCAACGUCGGCAUCACCGAGUGGGCUCCAUCUGGCAAAGAGGCCGGCAAGAGGUACAACCUUGUCGACCCCGAAUUGCCCAUCACCCAGUCGGAGAUCGAAGACACCGACGAAGAGACCGACGAAGAGGACUCCUCCAACUAG